UAUACAUAUAUAUAUUCAAACAUGGAACAUCAAUCAGCAUCAAUCAGAAGACUUGCGGUAACAGGUAACCACUUGGCAGCCAAUGAGACAUCGGCACCAGCACCAGCCCCCACCGCCUCACCCACUUUGGAAAUUGCAAGGACCUUUGACCCAAAGGCUUUGCAUGACUACUUGUUCCCCUAUCAUAAACAGAUGCGCCAGGACCUGUAUCAAGACUGGCUCGGCGCAGACUUCCUCACGACAGCCCCAUUCGGCCUGUCACACAUGGAGGAGCGCGACCUCACCAUUCGCCAGUUCUUUGAGCUCAACAAGCUGUCCAAGAAGUACGGCAUCACCGUGAUGGACUUUAUCAACGACCCGACCAAACUGGCCACAUGGAUCCAGUGCUAUCGUCUGCGCAACCCAUCCGUCUCCACAUUGUUUGGCGUUCACUACGCUCUGUUUGGCGCGUCAAUCGUCUACUUGGGCUCGGACGAGCAACGCGAGCGUUACAUCAAGCAUGUUGAGGACCUCACCAUGCUGGGCUGCUUCGGUCUCACUGAGCUGGGCCACGGCUCCAACGUACAGCGCAUCGAGACACAAGCCUACUACGACCACGCCACCUCGCAGUUUGUACUUCACUCACCAACGAUCACUUCGCAAAAGUACUUCAUUGGAGGCGCUGGCCAGCAUGCCAAGUGGGCCGUCAUCUUUGCCCAGCUGCGAGUUGGCGAGAAGUAUGAGGGCGUGCACGCCUUUAUCUGCCGCAUCCGUAAUGAGGACGGUACUGUGUGUCCAGGCGUCAAGCUAGCCGACUGUGGCCACAAGAUGGCACUCAACGGUGUGGACAAUGGCCGCAUCAUGUUUGUCAACUACUGCGUGCCACGCGACCAACUGCUCUGUCGCCACGGCGGUGUCAACAAAGCCGGUGUCUACGAGAGCCCCAUCAACCCAGCUGGCAAGCGAUUCGCACACAACAUUGGCGCUCUGGUCAUUGGCCGUUACUUCAUCGCGCUGGCGUGCGUCUCAUUCUCGAUCGUCUCACUGCUUGGCGCACUGCGCUACUCAUUCACUCGUCGCCAGUUUGGAGAGGACCACUGCGAGCGCCAGAUCAUCUCUUACAGCGUGCACCAGCGCCGUCUGAUCCCUCACCUGGCCUUCACCUACGCUGUGCACUUUGGCAAUGAGCACCUGCUCCGCCUUCUCGCGGUAAAAGACACCGCUCAGCGCAAGGACAAGGAGAUCCACAUCUACGCGUCGGGUCUCAAGGCUUACGGCUCAUGGCAGAACCGUGACACUCUUCAGAGCUGUCGUGAGGCGUGUGGAGGCCAGGGCUUCCUCAGCAUCAACAUGAUUGGCCAGUUCAAAUCCGAGACCGAGAUCUACACGACAUUCGAGGGCGACAACGUGCUGAUGUACCAGCAGGUCACCAAGUUCAUCCUUAGCGAGAACCGCAAGCACCCCGUGCCCGAGUACGUUGUGCCAUCGGAUGCCGCACGCCAGAACGUCGACCCCGCGUACCUGCGCUCAGUGGAGUUCCUCACUGGCGCGCUCCGAUCCCGUCUGCAUCACCAGACGCCCUUUGUCACCAACAAGUUGAUCGAGUCUGUUGGCAUGGGCAAGCCAGUGUUGGACGCCUGGAACGACAAUGGCAGCUACAUCCUCAACUUGGGCGUGUUCUACACUGAGAACUUCAUGUUGGAGCGCUUCAUCGAUGCCGUGGCCAAGUGUCCCGACGCACAACAACGCAAUGCCCUUUCAUCCUUGCUCUCACUUAUGGGUCUUUGCAUCAUUGAGCGCGACAGCUGGUUCGUCAAGCAUCAAUACAUCUCUGUGGAGCAAUCCGAUGCCAUCAGCAAUGAGAUCGAUCUCCUCUGCAAGGAGAUCACACCACAUGCCGUAUCCCUCUGCGAGGGCUUUGGUUUCGACCAGAACUGUCUCGGUCCAAUUGGAAAUGACUGGAUUCGUCACAAUGAAUACUAA